AUGGCCGAGGGGGCCAGUAGCAGCAACAGCGGGCGCGUCAGGCGUAGAGGCGAGACGGUGGUGCUUGACCAUGGCCAGAGGAAGGGCUCCUGCGGCUACUGUAAAUCCUCCGGCUUCAAUAGCAUCUCCCACGGUUUGUGCCCCCUUCCGCUCCCCACAUCCACUGGAACCGGAUAUAGAAAUCGGCGUCAAAAUUUAUUGUGAAUUUUCCAUAGUUUGGUCGUUCCGAUCGUACACUGUGCUCGUGAUUGUUCGGAUUCCAACAUCCCAAGUUAUUUAUCUUUCGUCGGUAGGCGUAGCUGUGGGGGGUCAUCCUUGAUGUCCAUGAAUUGUCACCCUGCUGAUCUGAGGAUCCCUUCAAGUUCCCAUAUCUUAGAAACCCGACUCGAUUUGCUGAAUGACCGGGUUGUUUAUCGACGUCCGUCCCUGAAAUAUCAAUCUGCUGUUCCACAGACUGAUUCAAUCUGCUUCAACUUUUAUAUUUUCUGAAUACGGCCUUAUUUUGGAUUGCUUUCCAGCAAAAAUAAGAUAAAUGACUUUCACAAAAGGAUCUGGCAUAUGUGCUUGCGCAUCUAUAUGAGUGAUGUAUUAUCUCUCGCCUUGUUCUUACUUAUAAAGUCGUUUCUAAUUUAUUAUUUUCAUCAUCGAUGUGCCAGAAAUUGUAGAUGAUUAUCAAGGGCAAGGUCCUUUAGUAUUUUGUGAACGCACCCAUUAAUUAGGUACAACCCCAUUGUCUGAUAACAAUAAGUUUAGCCCUGGUCGACUAAAGCUGAUGACCCAGCCACAUCAGCCCCCAUCCGCAAACCUGAAGCAUCUUUUUUCGUCUGUGGACCUGAUCUGUCCAUCCUCUCUUGAUUCGUAUUCUGAUGAACCCACCGUUCAGCAAAGAAAUUGGUGAUUAUAGAGCAUUGAUGUGUAAAAUCAAAGCCAAGUAGACACGGAGCAUUCUAAAAUUAGAUUAUUUCUACACAUUUCAACAAAAACCGAACGCACCAAAUGUCCACAUUAAGGAAAAAUGUUACAGAGCUUACCAUAAUUCAUUUGGACGAGUCAUGCCCUGAAAGUUACCCAAUUUACGAAUUAUCUGACUCAAACUCAAUUAUUGCCCAUUGUGGAAAUCGUGCAUAACGCAGUUUCUUUUUGGAAAGGCAACACCGAAAAUUCUUCAAAACUUUUCCUUGCUUUCGUGGAUAUGAAUUAAAAGAACUACGUGUUUAGUGUUUCUCAUUUAUUGCGUGUGCAAGUCAAUGUAGAGGACCUGGCUGCAUAUCGCAUGUUACGAAUGUGUAUUGCUACAGUGAAUAACUUUAUUUAUGUGAAGGCUACCUUUCGAGGUUUAUGAGUACUUUGUAGACUGAAGAAAGCAUCUCCUCUUGUAUAUGAUUACACCAUUGUCAUGGAAAUCCUUGCCCAUUAUACAUCUUUAUCAUAUUCUCUGAUUCAAUGGAACUCUGGUACAUUGUUGAAUUUGACUGGCUAAUUGAUGUCUUUUUUUCUCAGUCUGCUACUCAUUUGAUUUAUCUGAUACUGUUUAAGGUAUUCUUGUUUGUGUUUCAUUUACAGGGUUAUCGGCUCACAUAAUGACAGUUGACGAUUUUCAAGGUUUUUCUCCCCUCGAAACAUAACAUAAUGCUGCGAUCACUUACUGCAUGAUCACCAAGGUGAUAAGUGGCUGGGAUGUAUGAAAAAUUCGUUAGCUUUACAGUGGAAAUAAAUGCUCUCCGUGACACUGGCUACUUUAAGAGAAGUUUUGAUAAAAAAAUAUUCGUCAAACGCUGUGGUGAGUAAAAAGAAAUGUGCUCAGCCAUUGUCCCCGAGCAACAAGAAGAAAAUAUGCACGAGGCUUUUUCUCUCAUAGAAUGUGGGACUCUGUAUUCUAGCUUCUCUAUAUAAGUUCAAUGCACACAUGAUAUGAUCAUAAAGUGAGGUUUUGCUAGUCUUCUGCCUGGGGUUCAAUUUGCACGUUCUAAAUAUAUGCAUUUCUUUCAUAUAAUCUGGUUAGUAACUCCCUCUUUGAGCCUGCCUCUUUUGUCCUUUAAUCCGUCCUGGAUAUCUCCAUGAUGACAGUGAGGCGCCCCCCCACGCCCUGGUUGCCUUCUCAUCAUCUUAGCCUGUGAAGAGCAUACCUGCGCUAUUUGAGGGAGUUGCCAACUGUUUAUUUAUUUGAUUUUCUACAUUAACCUUUCCCUGUUAUAUUCGUUAUGUACAUUGCAUACGGCAUUGUCACUCGAAAUAAUGCCAAUAUACAGUUUAAGAGACGUGGGCCAAGGACGGAAAUAUGUAAAAUCUUUGAACAGAUAACUUGAACAGAUAAAUUUCGAAAGUGGGCGCCAUGAUCGUGUUGAUUAGGUUUUCUUGUGUAAAUUCUUUGAAAUAAGUUUUUUUUGGUAACUUAAUCGAAACUCCAAAUAAACAUAGCAUGAACACAGGCUCUGUUGUAUUUAGCAAAAUAAUGGAGUCCUUGAUUAAUUUACGCUCUAUUUAGCUUCUUUGUCCACAAACCUGACCAAAGCCAAAUGCUGACAUCUGUCUGAGGCUUUUCUUUUUCCAACAGGAGACUCGGGAUUUGAUCGGCAAAGCCUGAUGUUGAGGAUUUUGAUUUUUGUUUUCUUUGAAAUUGUCCUUUUCCGACCAUAUAGAUUAUGAUCAUUAAUAGAAGAGUUAUGCCGUACCAUUUGGUUUGUGACGGUGAUUCAAUAAAAACUCUGUAAAGUGUACACAAAUAAUCAUUUGAGUUCCUAUAUACCUUAAAAACCAGUCUCUUUGCAGAUCUUCUAGACAGAGGUUGGAGGAGAUCUGGCUCAUAUCUUUACAAACCUGAGAUGGAGAGAACAUGCUGCCCAUCCUAUACUAUCCGUCUCAAGGCAAAUGACUUUGUUCCCUCCAAAGAACAAAGGCGUGUGCUCAAAAAAAUGGAGAGGUACCGGUUAUUAGUCAUUAAUUUUAGUUUCUUAAGGACUGGAAUUUUUUUUAUUUUCCUCCGCAUUCAAUGCCAGCUUCAAAUAAAAUGUAGGUUUCUUGAUGGUACGCUGGAUUUGAAAAUGUCUAGUCGGUUAAAUGGUGAGACAAACUCUAUGGGAUCCUUUGAUGGAGAUGCUAUUCAUGAGUCUUCGACAAGAAUGGUCUUGGAACCACGAGCCAAAGGUGUGGGCUUAACCAUAGAAGAUGAUUGCCUGCGGCUUUUGUCAAAGAAAAUUGAUGAUGCUGUAGUAGCCUGCUUUCAAAGCAGUGAUUCUCGUAUUAUUCAACUACCGCAGGCUAUUGUGAAAAGACUGGCUCACAAGAAUAAGAAGAAGCUGAAAGAAAUUUCAGAAGACAUGUUGUAUACCAGCGGGAUUGCAUUUCAGAUUGCAGCCACACUACAACGGUAUCAAAAUUCGAACGAGAACUAUUGUCAAGAUAUUCCAGUAAAUAUUUCUGGUCAAAUUGGAGGUUCUUCUUCUGUUCUUUCCCCCAACAAUAUCGCUGAGAAGCUAGCUCAUACCAUACAUAUGCAAGAAGAAUUGUCUGACAUAAUAGUCCGGGCUUGCAAUGGUCACCUUAAUUUUUAUUCUUCUGGGGAGAAGGUUAACUCAGAGAUGGUGGGUGGCGGUGUUGUUUCACGCACACAAUCUUCAAAAAUUGGCAGAGGAAAGGACGGGUGUGUACAUGAGCAUGUUGAGAAUUCAUCUCAGCAAAAUAGAAGGCGAAAACUAGAGAUACGGAUGAAAAGAUCAAACUUUGACCCUGAAGAGUUUGAAUUGUACAAAAGGUAUCAAAUAAGAGUUCAUAAUGAUAAACCAGACAAAGUCACCAAAAGCCAGUACUACAGAUUUCUGGUCGAAACCCCUGUACAAUUUGUCUCAACUAGCAAGCAUAGAACUGUGCCUCCAUGCGGGUUUGGUUCCUUCCACCAACAGUAUCGUAUAGACGGGAAGCUUGUUGCUGUAGGCGUGGUUGAUAUUCUUCCAAGAUGUUUAUCAAGCAAGUAUCUAUUCUGGGACCCUGACCUGGCCUUUUUAUCUCUUGGAAAGUACUCGGCUCUGAAGGAAAUAGAAUGGGUGAUGCAGUCGAGGUUACAUUGUCCUAGUCUUCAGUACUACUAUCUGGGUUACUAUAUUCACUCCUGCAGCAAAAUGAGAUAUAAAGCAGCCUACUAUCCCUCUGAACUUCUUUGCCCUCUCCGCUAUGAGUGAGUUGUUUUUUAAAUUUCAACGGGGGUUUGAGAAGCGCAAUUUUUUUCAUAUAGAGUUUUAAUUCAUGUCAAAUACGAUUUUUGUUGAUGAUAAAGCACAUGCAUCAAAAUAUUUUCAAACAAUCACAAUCUUUAAUUUUAAAUGACAUAAAGGACAUUCCAAAUAACUUUAUCUUGAGGCCAGUUUGCCUCAUUCAGCAUAGUGAUAUGGUUGCAAGUUCAGCUUGCAUGGAAAUUGUGCAUUGAACUAUUAGAUAUUUAUGAUGCUCUUUGAAAUAAUUUCUUUUUCCUAAGAUGCCCAAAUUUAUCACGGACUGAUACCGUGGGGGCGUAGAUGAAUACGAUUAUUAGUUCUCAUGUUAUUAUGUUAAAACAGUAUUGUCUAUGUUCUUUUUUUACGCAGGUGGGUACCUUUUACGAUAGCUAGGACCCUGCUGGAUAAAAACUCGUAUGUGGUCCUGUCGGAUCAUGCAUCCCUUCUAGAUGGAGGAUCUUCACCUUCUCAGCUUCAUGAAAAUUCCAGGCGGUCACCAUUAGGUGAUCUUGAUCCUGGAGGCCAUGAGGACUGUUCAAGUAAUGAAGACGGUGAAAUGGAGGUUGAUUUUGAUUGUCAGGAAUCUGAAAGCGAUGAUGUGUCGGACACAGAAACUGGGGAACAUAAUGCCCUAGAUCUCAGCGAUAUUGUCCUUGAAUUGAAUGACUCUCGUGUGAAAUUCAAGGUACUAUCAUUUACCAUUCAGGUUGCUUCGUAUUAUGGACCAGAUGCAAAAUCAGUUUGGGAAGUUCUGGUUGUACAUGAUCUGGGUGUGCGUGUCCUUUUCCUCAAUUUUGUUAUUUCGGUUGCAUCCCAAAGCCUAGUUCUUACUUUGGGUCAUGCCGAUUUAUGCUGAGCAUUAUUUCCAUCAUCACCAUCAUCAUUUAAUUCUUAAUUCUCGGUUUCUUUUUGCGGCCUAUCUGCACUUUGCCUGCUAAGAUACCGUUGUGAGCUCUCUGCAGGACAUUCAGCAUUCGUUCCGCCCAAUUCCAGAGAAAAACCUGCGUUCCUUGGAGCAACAGCUGCGGAGGUACGCGAGGGUCGUGGGGACGGAGCUUGCCAACACCAUGAUUUACAGGCUGAUGUGA